AUGUCGCUGCUCUGGUUAUGGCUCGCCGUCGGCAUCCGGUUCUUCCGAGAGCUGGGCGAAGUCAGCACCAGCGCCAGCGACAGGUCGCCCAGCGACGAGGUCGGCAGCGUACCGUUGCGGCAUGGCCAGCAGCUGCCGGCGGCCGCCGACACGGUCACCAUCACGGUGCACUCGGUGACGCUGCGACCGGACGCCGAGCUGCCGGAGCCGAAGGCUGGCGAGCGGCCGCGCCUCUUCGUCGAGUACCGCUUCCUGGACGUGCCGGCCGAGCAGCUGGAGACGCCGGUCUCGCUGCCGCUCGGGGAGCCCAGCCAGCCGCUGCACUUCAACUUCAGGAAGGUGAUCACGGUGGGCGGUCUGGAGCACCGGGAGCGGCGCCGUCUGCUGGCGCGCCAGCUGCGGCGCGGCGCCGACCACGGCGGCCUCGUCACCUUCACCGUGGUGGCCGAGCCGCCCGACUCGGUCGACGAGUCCGCCGAGUGUACCGACGUCGGGUACGCUCACCUGAGCCUGCCCGAGCUGCUGACCUCGGGCGUGACCUGA